AUGGCUGCCCGCAUAAUUGCGCUCCGUACUGGUGCAAGGAACGUUCCCUUGGGGAUCCAUAUGCCAAUUGUUCGGAUGACAUUGGCUUCCAUGGCUUCAAUGACUCCAAUGACUUUGUUGACUCCAGUGGCUAGUCGCUCUUCCAGAUUAUUCUCUACAUCUCAGCCAAACUUUGAGGAGAUUAAACCGGUCGUCGUCAAGAAAGCUCGUAAACGCGGUUGGUUCAACUUAUUCUUCAAAGCUUCAGUUCUUUCUGUCGUUGCCUUUUGGGGUUGGUUAACAUGGGAGGUUUAUAAGGAGUCCAACCCUGGGGAUCAAGUUCCUCAAUCAGAGUUGAAGGAAAACGGUAAUAGGAAGAAGAACAUUGUGAUUUUGGGUUCCGGUUGGGGUGCAAUUUCGUUCCUCAGUAAGUUGGACACCACUCAAUACAACGUUACCAUUGUCUCUCCUAGAAACUAUUUCUUGUUCACUCCUUUGCUUCCUUCUGUUCCUUCUGGAACUAUAGAUGUUAGAUCCAUCUGUGAUGCCGUCAGAACUAUUGCCAGAGGUACUCCGGGUGAAGUUCGGUACAUGGAAGCCGAAGCCAUUGACAUUGAUCCAAAGGCCAGAUGCAUCCAGCUAGAGCAUACCUCGCAAAGGUUCUCCGUUGGUGACGCUUUCAUCAACAAUCAUGAGCCAAUUCGUUCCACUAUUAGCUACGACUAUUUGGUCUAUUCAGUUGGUGCUACUGUUAACACAUUUGGUAUUCCCGGUAUUCCAGAGAAUGCUUCGUAUUUGAAGGAAUCUAAUGAUGCUACUGCCAUCAGACAGAAGUUAUUCAACUCCAUCGAGGCUGCUAGGUUACUUCCUAUUGAAUCUGCGGAGAGAGCCAGAUUGAUGAACUUUGUCGUCUGUGGUGGUGGUCCAACCGGUGUUGAGUUGGCUGCUGAAGUCAAAGAUUUCAUUGAUCAGGACUUGAAGAAGUUUAUUCCCGAUAUUGAAAAGGAGCUUCAGGUUACUUUAAUCGAGGCCAUGCCUAACGUUUUAGCCUCCUUUCAUCCAAGAUUGAUCAAGUACACCAAAAAUGUUUUCAAAGAACAAGGUGUUCAUUUGAGAACUAACACUAUGGUUACGAAGGUCGACGAUAGGAACGUCUAUUGUUCCCUUAAAAAUGCAGACGGUAGUAAAGAUGACGUUGUCAUUCCUUAUGGUACUCUUGUUUGGGCUGGUGGUAACGCACAGAGGCCCAUCACUAAGCUUUUAGCCUCCAAGAUUCUUGAACAGCAGACUGCUCGUAGAGGUUUAUUGGUCGAUGAUUACUUGAAACUGGAUGGUGAUGACUACAUAUUUGCUCUCGGUGAUUGUACUUUCACCACAAACCCACCGACAGCUCAGGUAGCAUAUCAAGAGGGUCACUUCUUAGCUGAUUACUUCAACAAGUUGUCCAAACUUGAUGACUAUGAGUUCAUUCAGGUCAAGGAGCCUGAAAAGAUGGAGAAGUAUGCUUCUAAGAUUGAAAGAGUCAAGCAGGGUAUGCUUCCAUUCAAGUACAGACACCAAGGUUCCCUUGCCUACAUCGGUUCUGAUAGAGCCGUUGCUGAUUUGUCGUGGGGUUCUUGGUCUACUGUGGCUCUAGGUGGUAGUUUGACUUUCUUAUUCUGGAGAACUGCCUACGUUUCGAUGCUUUUGGGCAUGAAAAACAAGAUUCUUGUUGUUACUGAUUGGGUCAAGGUGGCCAUGUUUGGUAGAGAUUGCUCGAAAGAGUCGUGA